AUGCACUUCGUAAGAAACUACAGUACUACUUGUGCACCGGGGUUCAUUUGGUUCCCCGAAUCUUACCCUCUGGCUUACUUUUUUGGAAGCCACUCACAUGACCCAACCAUGAAGUUCUUUGUCUCUCUCCUUUCCAUUCUCUCUCCCGCGGUUGUGGGCGUCAUGGGAGCAUUGAUUGGCCCAUUGAAUAUCCCUCCCGACGCCCUCAGCGAGUACUUCAAACUCUUCAAACUUUGCGAAGAUGCAGGAGCGAACAGCUAUGUUGGAGUUCUGUACCAAAAUGACCAAUACGUUACGUACAAAUUCGGUCAAUGCUACCCUUACCAACUUUCAAAUGGUAAUCUUGCGAAGAUGGCCGUCUUUUGCAAAUCUUCGACGUGCAACAAUAAUCCGUGGGCUCUCAUCAUCUCUGAAGUUUGGCGUACCGCUUUGCUGAUCGCUUAUAAUUGCUUGCCUCCAGAAAUCCGGAUUGCACUGGAGGAGCGGUUCCUCCCGCCCCCAUUAUCGUGCCGGAGGGAUUAA